GCAGCCCGCCCUCCCUCACUCCCCUCCCUCCCCGCCCCUCUCCCUCCUCUCCGGGCCUGCGCGCGUCCCGCGCCCGCACGCGCCGCCGCCAGCUGAGCCCUCGCGCUGCCGCCUCGGCCCGCGCGUGCCUUUCCCCGGGCUGAGGCGAAGGCGGGACCCUGCCCUGCUGCCGCGGCGCGCGGUGCCCGGGCGGCUCGGCCCGCGGACGGAGCCGCGCGCCCCGCUGCCCGCGCCUCGGCGCCCCCGCGGGGCCGGGGCGGCGCCGCGCCCGGCCGCGUGAGCGCAGAGCCGACCUCGAGCCCUAGCUCGGGGCCCCACCCAUCCGGGCCGAGGCGGCCGCGGCCAUGGCCGAGACGGAGGAGCGGAGCCUGGACAACUUCUUCGCCAAGAGGGACAAGAAGAAGAAGAAGGAGCGCAGCAGCCGGGCGGCCAGCGCGGCGGGCGCGGCGGGCGGCGCCGGCGGGAGCGGCGGCGCGGCGGGCGCGGCGGGCGGCGGGGCGGGCGCGGGGGCCCGGCCGGGGGACGGCGGCGCCGCGGGCGCGGGGGCCGCGGGCGCCGGCGCCGCCGCCAAGGCCGUGACGAAGGAUGAAGACGAGUGGAAAGAGUUUGAGCAGAAGGAGGUGGACUACAGCGGCCUCCGAGUCCAGGCGAUGCAGAUAAGUGAGAAGGAAGAAGAUGACAAUGAAAAGAGAGAAGAUCCAGGUGAUCACUGGGAGGAAGGCGGCGGUGGCGGAGGUGGCACGGAGAAGUCUUCAGGUCCCUGGAACAAAGCCGCUCCAGCACAAGCGCCCCCCGCUCCGGGAGUUGUUACAGAAACUCCAGAACCAGCGACGACUAGUGGUGUGUAUAGGCCACCUGGGGCCAGGCUAACCACAACCAGGAAGACGCCACAAGGGCCACCGGAGAUAUACAGUGACACACAGUUCCCGUCCCUGCAGUCCACUGCCAAGCAUGUAGAAAGCCGGAAGGAUAAAGAAAUGGAGAAGAGCUUUGAAGUAGUAAGACACAAACAUAGAGGUAGAGAUGAGGCUUCAAAACACCAGGCCCUUAAACUUGAGCUAGGCAACCCGUAUGCUGUGCUUGAAGCUCAGAGAAGCAGCCACACACAGUGCAAUUAAGGGGUGGUCUUGGCUGACCCUUCUGAGGGAACCAGACCACAGCCGACCGCCAUGAGCAGCAUCCGUCACCUGAUCUGCUGGACCUGCAGCGCCCGGCCCUGGUGCCCUCUGGAAGUUCAAGUGCCACCGCUGCUCUUUGUGUUGGAUUUAGGGGGGUUUUCGUUGUCGCAUAAACGUGUGAGCUAGGUUCAGGCGUGCUCUUCCGUAAUUACUCUGCAAACCCAAACCCGCAGCUAGUGGUCAUUCCAAAAUCUUUUUAUGUUCAGAUACUGAGCCUUCGUCAGGGUUGACUACCUCAGAUUUGCUGCCCUCAUGUGGACUCCAUGUGGAUCGCAACUUCUGGAUGAGAAGGUCACAGCUCUUGGGUGUUGAUGUGAACAUGAAACCAGCCCUGCUGGACUCCUAUCAGAAAUCCUGCAGAGAGUCAGCCGCCUGGGUUCUGAUCUGCUGUAAAAGAUGAAGAUUUAAGUGACCUUAGUUACCCUGGCCUUGCCCCACCCAUAGGAAAGACUCUGUAGUAGGCUGUGGCCACGUGCACUUCCUGGAACAUGCCUCUCAAAGACCUGCUGUGUAGGUAGUGCUUCAUCAUGGAAACUUGGUAACCACAACUACCAACCAAACUUGGGUCCACAACAUGGGACAGGGGGUGAGGGUGGGAAUAAUCUCGUUUCUUUUAGUAACUUUUUUAUUUGCAUAGUGCUUUUCUGGUGUUCCACAUGAAGGCCUUUUUUGCUUCGACUUGGAAUAAGUUCUUUGAGAGAGCUUGUUGCUUGGUUAAGUAAAUAACCUGCAGUGCGCGUUAGACUGUGACAUGUGUCGUGAUUUGGCAGUCCCUAGAGUGGAGCCCAGUCGCCUGUGUGACGCAGCGGGUGCUGGAGGCUGUCUUCAGGUGCUGCUGCAGCCGCCUCUAACCAGGCCUGAGUGGCCCUGCACACUGCUGGCAGAGUGUGGCUUCUGCCCAGCAGGGGAGCCACUGAGCUGUCCUUACACCUUGAAAGCGACAGGAGCAAAGCCUCACCUACGACCCGUGUACGUUUCACGAAUCUUCCUGAUCUCUGGUAAGAAACCCUUACGUACCUCUGCCCAGAUUUGUAAGGCAUUGGGCACCCUCCAGAUGCAGUGAUUGUCCCAGUGGUUCCAUUAUCCACCUUUCGGUGCGUCUGUGUUCAUUUUGAGAGGGUGCUGUAGCACUUCUGUUUUAACAAUUACAGCUUAAGACAUCCAGUAGUUUUUAGUCCUUGACAGGGACUAGAGGAAGCUACCCAGGAUUACUGAAGUUUCUUUCCACCGAAUGAGAUAGUCUGGCCACUUCCUGGUUUCGAUCAUUGGUUCAAGAGGAAUAUUUCAAAGUGCUGUGUGACCAUUUGAUGCAGUCUGGGUUUCUCUAUAGUAAGUCCUUUCGCUGAGUGCAGGAGUUUCAGACUUGCUGAUGACGAGUGAAGCAAAUGGGUGAAUGAAACUGCUAGAGUGGGAGCGCGGCCUCACCGGAGUCCAGGCUUGCAGCGUCAGUGCAGGAGGGGACUCCUAGAGAGGCUACAGGAGCUCCUGCCGGGACCGUCCGGCCAGCCACUCUGGGCAGAAAGCUGCUGUGUUCCGAGGUUGUGGCGCACCUGCCUCCCCGCGUGUGUGGGUGAGGAGCUGAGCCAGCCACAGUGGCUUGGGUAAGGAAACCGGAAACGAGGAAUUCUUGGCUACACGGAGGACAUCCUUUGGGAACCAAAAAGCUUAAAUAAUCUCUUGGACUCGAGCCACAUAUCUUCCCUGAGAUGUAUGCAUUUUUUUCCAGCAACAUUUUGUUGUUGGAUUGAUUGAGAAUGAACUGAUGAAUAUGUGGAGGUUUUAUUUACUGUGUUAGAAAUACAAAGACCUGCAGCAGAUUUAAAUUCCAACUCGUUAUAAAUUUUUAAAGGAUUGUGAAUUUAUCAAAAUGCUCAUGAAUCAGGUUUUCAUUACUGUAUGGUUGGGUGGAUGAGGCUGUCCAUGGUACCAUUUCUUUGGAUUCUCAGGCAUGGUUUCACAGUGCAAGAACUCUGUAACAUUAACAAAUUCAAUAAAAAGUACACACAUGAA